AAUAUUUGUCUUCACUUCCGGAAGAUACAACAACAACAACUACAAAACGUUUUGUAAACAUUUUGGUUAAAACUUUAUUGGCACACACUUCAGAUUGCUUCGAAAUCAAAGAAUUGUCAUGAAAUAGAAAGUCUUUAGACGACAACUAUCAAGUUCCGCCAAAAGACGGAAAUCUGAACAGAUCAUUUACGCAAUAAUCAUGGCUACAGCAGGUGCCAGUAUUUGCACAGACUCUAGUGAUGCUAUUGAACUGUAUCAAACAUUUGGCCUAUACCUGAAACCUAUAGCGCGUGUAAAUGUUUGCGUACAGCUUCCGCCGUUGAAAGAAGCUGGGAAAUCUAUUUCAAACUGGGAAGUGAUGGAGCGAAUCAAAGCCAUGAUUAAACCACAUUCAUUCACAUCUUUGAAAAUAAUCAAAAGCACAAUGGAGUUUAUAAGAUUCGAAGGUGAGGCGGAGAAUAAGGAUCUAGUCACAACUAUUAUGCAGAGAUUGGAAGGCAAGUCGAUUAAACUAAGUGGGUUUCAUGAACAAUUAAAAGUAAAAGCAGGCGAGGCUAAAAUUCAGUUUCCAAGUCGACAUGAUUGGGAUUCAUAUUUCAGAGACGCGAAAAAUAUGAAUGAAAUGAGACCCGGUGAAAGACCAGAUACUUUGUAUAUAAGAGACACGCCAACACGAUGGUUUGCAUCGAGACAUUGUAAAGAGAAAGACAAACCGAGUGAAGAGGUGUUAAAACGAGUGUUUUGUCAAUUUGGUGAAAUACGUUGUGUUGAUAUUCCAAUGUUAGAUCCAUAUCGUAAAGAAAUGUCUGGACUUGUUAAAUCCGGCUCGAUUCAAACAUUUACAUUUGGUCAAGAUCUAGUGUUUGAUUGUUAUGUACAGUUUAAAGAAUAUAUUGGUUUUGUAAAAGCAAUGGACAGGUUUAGAGGGAUGAAACUAUUAUACAUGGAUGAAGAUGACAAAUGUGCUGUAGCUAAUAUAAAGGUAGAUUUUGAUAAGACCAAACACCUGUCAGACAAAGCUAUCAGGAAGCGACGGUUAGAGAGGGAAAGACUGGAGCAACUAGAGAAGGAAAGAGAAGAAAGAGUGAGGAGAGAAAGGGAAGAACAAGAUAGAAAAGUGGCAGAAGAAAAACGUUUAAAAGAUGAGGAGGAAAUGGAACGAGACAGGAAAAGGCAGGAAAAGUUACAAAGACGCGAGGACCGAAGGAAAGAAAGAGAAGACAAAAGAAAGCAGAAAUAUCUCGAACAAAAGAGGUUUGAGGAGGAGAAAAAGAUGCAGCUAAAAAUAGCGCUGGAAGAGCGAAAAUUCAUGCUGAAUCAGCGGAAAUUGGAAUCAUUAAGAUUGCUAACGGAACUGUUUGAGCGUGUUAAGGUGAUAAAGGUCAAAGAAGAUUUAGAGAAGAAGGAAAUAGAGCUAGAAGAAGAGAGAAAGCGCCAGGUUGAUCUUGAAAAACAGAGAAAAGAUGAAGAGAUGAGGAAGAAAAAAGAAGCAAUAAAAAAGAAAAAAGAACAAUUGAAAAGACAAGAACAAGAGCUCAGGGAAAAAAUAUUAAAGAACUGGAAACAUAACGAGGAACAUAAACAGGAGCAAAUGAGAGAAGAGUUACGUAAAAAGUUAUCAGGGAAGACGAAAUUGAAAUCUGCAGUUGUGAUGCGGAGAUGACUAGACGAUGUGCUAGCUGAACGAGAAGAUGAAAGCAGUACCAGUAGUAUGAUUGAUAAACUGCCAUAUAUAAUAGACACAAAAAUGGUGCAGCAGAGGACUUAUGACUCUGAUUACAGUGACGAUUAAAGCCAUAAAUCUUAUUUAUUGUAAGAGGGUAACAAUUUUUUUUUUCACUCUUUACGGGAAUUCUUUAUUCCUUUAGAUGAAAAAAAAGACAAUUUCUGAGAAUGCUUCACAUGUCUCAGGGACAGCAGAAAGGAAAAAAGAUCUAGCCCUUUUUUGUUGACAUUUCAAAUGUUAAGUUAUGGAAGGGAGAAAACGAAUGGAAAAUGACCUGAUCUGAUUCUAUGAAAUGCAGAGAGCAAUUGAUAUAAAGACAUAAACUUGGUGUUUUUGUUUCACAUGUAAGGGAAGGCAGAAGAAAAAAACACAGGUUUGUUGACUCAAACUUGUAACUGUUAACAGCAUUACAAAUUUAUGUACGGAAGCAGAUAUAGCCUCAUAUAGGUAAUGGUGAGGUUCAUAUAUCGUCACCUCAGUGCAAUAACAGGUUAACUCCUAUUAAAUUUAGAAGGACUUAACCCGUUACUGCAGUAAGUUGACAAUAUGACAAGAUGUUCUUGUUGUUAUUUCCAGUCCACUUACUACUUCAGUAAUGAUCUCAGUGAAAUUGUUCAUCAUUUUUUGUGUGUGUUAGAAUAGGAUGAUUGUUGUUUCAAUACUGCCAUAUUAAGCAGCAUGCCUCCAAAUUCAGAUAAUUUCUUUUUAACAUUAUACACACAUGUAUAUAGUGUCUUAAAUAGUAAUUAUAUUGUGAAGUGAACAAAGAUUGCAAUUUAAAGUAACAUCUAAUGUACAUGUUUUUGUAAUCCAUAAUUUUAAAGUACCUCAAAUUUUUCAGAACACAUGUAUCAACAAAUAGGCAUAGUCAAUGAGAAAGAAAAUGUUGAGUGGCAUGAAAAACAUUAUUUUAACUAUAAAUAUUUAUACAUUUUUGAAAAUUAUGAUAUAUUUUUUUAGGAGCUUCUUUCGAUUAUCUGAAUGUAUGUAACUUUAAACUUGUGUGUUUGCAUUUGUUAAAUAGGUAUUAUUGUGAAAAUGCCAAACUAUCAAAUAUUUGUUUAGAUAUGUGCAAUGGUAGCAAAGAAUGGGGUAGGUUGAAAAUAGGCCAAGCAGUGCUUUGUAAAAAGGAUAGAAAUCACUUACCAGAUUUAAGUUUAGUUUUUAAAACAUUUAUUUAGAUGACAAAGGAUGAAAAGUCAAAACAAUAUUUAUUUGAUAUUCUAUGUUACAUUAGUUUCCAGACAGGAACCGUUUGUCUUUGUUAAUCUUAAUGACCAGUAUUAUUGCUUCAAAAGCACAAUGUUCUGUUAGACUUGUUGACUUUGUUGGAAUUGUUGUGCCCCCAUUUUAGGGGGGCAUUUAGAUUAACCCUUGUUUGUCUGUCUGUCCGUCUGUGCUACUGAAUCCCUAUUCAGAUAGGGGGCCAUCUAACUGUAAACAGAACAAAAGAGAUCAAUAGAGUUCAUUCCAUAGCAAUGGAGUAAGGGGCCAUUGGCCCUCUAUCAAACAAAGGAAAAUAGCAAAAGAUUCCUCUUAUAUCAUUUCAGCUGGAUGUCCAUUCGUAUGUCUGUCUCUCCAUCUGUCUGUUUUUAUUUUUGUGUCGCACGUAGCUCAAGAAGUAUUUCAAGAGUUAUUGCCCUUGACUUAGUAAAAUUUUCAAUUUUCAACUUGUGUCGCUCAUAGCUCAAAAAGUAUCUUACCUAGGGUCAUGAAACUUUACAGGAAUGUUGAUCAGCAUGUGUUGUUGUUAAGGGUGUAACGGUUUACCGGUAUACCGAUAUAUUGCAAUAUGAAAAAAUAAAUUUCGAACCGCGGUACGAUUUUUGGAAAACCGGUAUUUUAUAAAAAUCAUCAUUUUCAAUUAAUUGCCUUCUAAUUUUGUACAAAUUUCACAUAAAAUCUUUAAUUGGCAAAGUUUGUUGGCGCCAACGUAAGAUAA